AAGCACUCGCUAGGAUGAUUAUUGUGGAUGAAUUGUCAUUUAAAUUUGUUGAGCAUGAAGGGUUUAGGUAUUAUAGUAAUGUGUUGCAGCCUAGGUUCAUUGUUCCAACUCGCACCACUGUUGCGAGAGAUUGUAUAAGACUUUAUUCAAUAGAGAGGGAUAGAUUGAAAAUAUUUUUAAAAAAAUCUACUCAAAGGAUUUCUCUCACCACUGACACUUGGACUUCAAUCCAAAAUAUUAAUUACAUGUGCCUUACUGCCCAUUUCAUUGAUGAUGAUUGGCAAUAUCACAAAAGAAUUUUAAAUUUUCGUCAAGUCCCUAAUCACAAAGGUGAAACCAUUGGAAAGGUAGUGGAGUCAUUGUUGCUUAGUUGGGGCAUUGAUAAAAUUUUCACCCUCACAGUUGACAAUGCAGCCUCUAACAGUGGGAUAGUAACCUACUUGGAUAGGAUAACUAAAGAGUGGGGGUGUUUCUAUCUUGAAUGGUGAGUUUAUGCACAUGAGAUGUUGUGCACACAUUGUGAAUCUUAUUGUGAUGAAAGGUUUGAAAAGCCUUCAUGAGUCAAUUGUUAAAGUCCGUAAUGCAGUAAGGUAUGUGAGGUCCUCUCCAUCUAGGUAUGAUAAGUUUAAAGCAUGUGUGGAAAAAGUGAAGAUUGCUAGCAAGGGUUGUGUAUGUCUUGAUGUUCCAACUAGAUGGAACUCGACCUACAUGAUGCUAGAGAAUGCAGAAAAAUUUCAAAGGGCAUUUGAAAGAUUACGUGUUAAUGAUGCACAAUAUAUUCGUUACUUUUUGGAUGAUGGAAGUGGGAAAAAAAUAUUAGGACCACCUGAUUUUAAGGAUUGGGAUAAUGUGAAGGUAUUUGUGAAAUUUUUGAAGUUGUUUUAUGAAGUUACAUUACGAUUUUCUGGUUCUCUAUAUGUCACAUCUAAUGUAUUUUUUCAUGAACUUUGUGUGAUGAAGAUUGAAUUGACAAACUUGUGUGAAAGUGAUGAUCCUCUUUUGAGUAUGAUGGCAAGGGAAAUGCAUGAAAAAUUUGAAAAGUAUUGGGGGGACAUUGAGAGGCUUAAUUUGAUGAUGUUUGUUGCUGUUGUACUAGACCCAAGGUACAAGUUGAGGUUUGUAAAUUUUUGGUUUGCCAAAUGGAAUUCAGGGGCAGUGGCAGAUGACAUGACAAAAAAGGUGAAAAAGACUCUUGUUCGUAUGUAUGAGCACUAUUGUAAUUGUGAUGGGUAUUCAAAUGGGCAAGGUCAAGAUGGCUCUUCUUCAAGCAAUGUUGAGCCUAGACCUAUACAAGAUCCUCACACAUUGGUGAAAUCUAUUUAUAAGAAGCAUUUGGCAAUGGAUAGUUUGGAAAGUAAGUCAGAGGUGGAAAGAUAUUUGGCUGAUUGUGUGGAAGAGGAUUCUCCAAAUUUUUGUAUUUUGAAUUGGUGGAAGGUGAAUUCCUCAAAAUAUCGGCUUCUCUCAAAAGUAGCUCGUGAUGUGUUAGCCAUUCCUCUCUCCACAGUUGCGUUUGAGUUCGCAUUUAGUACUGGGGGUCGUGUGUUGGAUACAUUUCGAAGCUCUUUAUUGCCUAACACAGUUGAAAUGUUGAUUUGUGCUCAGAAUUGGUUAAGAGCUACUGAUGUAAUUGAUCUUCAAGAAGCAAUGGAAGAAGUUAAAUCCUAUGAGAGUCUUGAAUCAGAGUUUGCAUCUCAAAGCACCAUAACAGUGGAAGAGGAAGAUUAGUUGGAAAUUGGAAUGCUGGAAUCUGGAUAGCUUGGAUAUUUUAGUUCUGAGUGGGACUAUUAUAGAAUUCUUUUGAAAUCCAUUCGUAGAACAAGUUCUGUAUAUUUUGUUUAUAAACUCUUGAUAUAUUUUGUUUAUAACUGGCUCAGGAACUUAGGAUGCUAGUUCUGUAUAUUUUGUUUACUGACUCAGUUACAUAUAUUUUGUUUAUAAUUGAGUUAAGA